GCAGGAGCCGAACCCACUCACACACUCGGUGAGUGGGGCUGCCUUUGCUCUAACCUUCUCAUUCCGUUUAACUAAACUGCACGAAAUAGCACGUUAUCAGCGACUGAUUUCAUGAUUCCUUAUAUAUUGGAUGUUGCAUUGGGACUACUCGCAUUCAGAUCCAGGAUUUACAACCGGGUGUGCUUUGUUAAAGUGCUUGAAAAUGCCUUUUUGCUUUUCGUUUCAGGAAAGGAGUUUUUUUCCUCAUCCGUGACAGUUUGAAGACAACCCCUGACUGAGCAUCCAGCUCCUUUAUUCCUCACGAAAAAGGCAUAAAAAACAUUUUGGGUCAGCUCUUGGGGUUUCAUCUUAAAGUUGAAAAGCGGACUUCAGAAACAGUGGACUUAAAAUGAAAAAUAUGAACUGAAAAUAAAAUCUACUGUCUUUUAUUUCGUUAUUCUUUGACUUAUUUGCCCUGGUUACUGGUGGUUUGCGUUUUAAAGUGACUGGCUUUACCCUGUCUGUAUGAAGACCUGGAAAAACAAGGAGUUUUGUAACACUGUGGAUAUUAUAAAUACAUUUUCACGUUUUGCUCGCUUUACCUGGAUCAGCUUGCACGGUACAUGUUGGGUUUGUUUGGAGCGGUCCUGACAAAUAAGCAGUGCACACAAGCUGGUACUGUCCAAAACUGAUGCAGCUGCUGACAAUAACACAUAAACUCAACGCGAACAUAAUAUAGGAUCUUCAGCUGGAAGAACCAUAUUGACUUCAUCAACGUUAUAAACUACGUGAACCGAUAAACACUUGCUUUUUCUGUUUUUUUUUUCUUUAAUCUAACUUUUACCGUCGGAUCUGUGACUCUUGCAGUGGUCAAUCCAAUUACAUUGCAUGGGAUCGGCACGGUCCAGGCUGCAAUAAAAGCUCUUCACGCAGCACCAAUACACUCGUAUUUUAACGGUAUAUUUCCAGAUACUGACACAUAACAAACAUUGCUGCAUUUUCUAAAACGUCAGGCCCACUGAUGUAAAUGAGAUUAAUUUCUGCAAGAAAAAGUGGUCCCUGAGCCGAACACAGCUUUCUAAAAAACAGUUUUGAAGAGGAUUGCGCGUCGAACUUUAGUAGUGAUGUUGCAUGUGGAGAUGUUGACGUUCGUUUUUCUGAUCCUGUGGAUGUGUGUAUUUAGCCAGGAUCCCGGCUCCAAGGUAGUGGCUGAUCGCUAUGCCGUCUUCUGGAACAGCACUAACCCCAGGUUCCAAAGAGGGGACUACCACAUUGACGUGUGUAUAAAUGACUACCUGGAUGUGUACUGCCCUCAUUACGCAGACUCCGUACCGGAAGACAAGACGGAACGAUAUGUGCUUUACAUGGUGAACUACGAUGGCUACAGCACAUGUGACCACACCUCUAAAGGCUUUAAGAGAUGGGAGUGCAACAGGCCUCACUCGCCCAAUGGACCACUCAAGUUCUCUGAAAAAUUCCAGCUCUUUACCCCCUUCUCUUUAGGAUUUGAGUUCCGACCAGGCAGAGAAUAUUAUUAUAUCUCAUCUACUAUUGCAGAGAAUGGAAGGAGAACUUGCCUGAAACUGAAAGUUUUUGUGCGACCAACAAACAGCUGUGUGAAAACUAUAGGUGUUCAUGAUCGUGUUUUCGAUGUUAACGACAAAGUAGAAAAUUCAUUAGAACCAGCAGAUGACACCGUACAUGAGUCAGCUGAGCCAUCCCGCAGAGACAACAGCGCAGCAGAUACGCCAAGGAUACCACGCCUACUACUGGCAUCUGUACUUUUUUUUCUGGCAACGCUGUUGGCAUUAUAGCGCUUCAUGCCCAGGGAGAAGAGCCGGGUCCAGGAAACACUGAGAUUCCCCCUUAACGCCUGACCUAUCGAGGUGACCUUUUCAAGGGACACUUUUGCAGAUAUUAAAAAUGUCUCUUUCAGUCUGAAAUAAAGAAUUGAAAUUCAAGAAGGAGAGCCAAUUCCCCCCAAACUGUAAACUAAGAUGCCAAAACCUGUUUGACACUUAGUGAUUCUUAUUUUCCUGUGCAUUAUUUCUUGUAAGACCCCCCCCCCCCCCCCCACACACACACACACACAGACAGACCAUGUUGGCUCACUGUCGACUGAACUGGGAUGAACAAGAUUAGUGGCAGAUGCAGUCAGUGAGGUGGAAGGAAAUUGAACAGGUGCCCAAGAGGGUUUUAUUCCCCCAUGCAAUAUUUAUACCUUCUCACUCAAUACCAGAAGAUGAUCAAGCGAGGCAUUAUAUCACUGUAGGGCUGGAGGGGUGAUAUUAAGAAUAGAUAUAAGUCUGUUUCCUCCAGGAGGAAAUGUCUUCUGAAAAGUAUGCUGAAAAUGUGGGUUCUCUUAGAGGGAUGGAGCAUAUUCAAAAAAGUUAUUUGUGAAACGUUUGAUAAAGAGGGAGAACAAAUUGAUAGCUCAGGACAAAAAGGUAAAACAAGAGGAAAAAAAUAAGCAUUACAUAGGGAAAUCAAAUCGGUUAAAAAGCCAAACUUUGGACCAAUCUCUCUCUCUCUCUCGCUCUCUCUCUAAACUGUGAUUAUAUAGAAUAAAUGAUUAUAUGGCCAAUUAAGAGCUAGCCUAGAAUAUUUGUUUUGGGAGUUAUUUAAUAAUUAUAUAUAUAUAUAAAAUUAAGCUGCAACAUUCCAAUUGUUGUUUACUUGCAUUUUCAAAUCCAUAACCAUACAUACAAACAUACAUUUUAUACAGUUUACUUCAGGUUUAAUUCCAUAUUUUAUUUCUAAAAGCAAAAGAAUAAAUAAAAUAAUUGCAGUUUAUGUGCUAUGCAGUUAUUUAAAAUAGAUUAAACUGGAGUGUAUACAAUGAUGCCUAUUCCAGAUAACUGGAUAUGUCUAGAUGCCAACAAAUAGUUGAGAAUUGAGCAAGUAAAAUUGAAAUCAUUUUAGUCAUCAAAGUUACAAAAGUUACCCUAACUAAAAAUAGGUUAUUUUUUUUUACAGAAAAAAGGCGUGGAGAUUGGUGUGUGUCUACCUACAGUAUCUGUGUAACCUGUUACACAUAUCCUAUUUAAAGGUCUGUUUAUUUGGGCCUAAAACUAGGGAGAUAUACAUUUAUUUCCACAUUCCGAAUUUAUACUGGAGAGAGGGUUAGAAAACUUAGAAAGUAGAAAGCAUAGUAACACAGUAAACAAUGUGAAUCUCUCAAAUAUGUCAAAACAGGUAAAUCCAUUGAUAAAACCCUACAAACGCAUGCCGUUAUCCACUUUUCCCAGUUGAACAAUUAAAAAAAAAAAAAGAAAUACUAGAUGAGUGGAAACCCCUUCAGAGCUACGAGAGGUGUUGAUUAUGUCUAUUUUCUUUUAUCCAGUACCUACAAUGUCUGUCUAUUAAUGUGACAACAACACCUUCCUACUACAGGAGAGCUUACUGCCAAGGGUGGCUAGCUGUAGAGUUAAUUUACCAGCAAGUUAGUUUACCACGCUGAGCUGACAUUAUGGGAUUAUCAUUUUCUGUGCUUUGGGGGCCUAUGUACUCAUAGCACACAACUCCUGGCAGCCAAUAUUUUUCACAAACCUAAAACAGGGAAAUAAGGAUCAGUAUGUUAAGUGGAUACCGUGUAUCCUGAGACGCAGUCAAUAAUAUAACAUCUAGUGUUAGUUUAUUAGUACGUUGUUGUUUUUUUUGAAGGGCAAAAGAUUAAAAAAAAGACAUUUCACUGUUAAAAUUCUGUAUUAUUAGCAAAACGCUGUUGUAAAUAGUGUUUGAUAUUAAAGUAUUAAUUUGAUUCUUAUGUCUUUUAUAAAAUGAACCUCUGGGUAAUGUGGAGUAUAGAAACCUGUUACGUGAUCAAGAUAAACAAGAUCUGAGUCAUCAAUCCUGUAGUCCUCUGUGUACUGAUGUGCACACUGUAAACACAGAUGCAAGUGGGCUCACCUGUGAAGUGCUUUUUCGUUGCCUAUUCAAGAAAUCAUGAUCAGAAGAAAUGGAUCAAUGUUUUGUCUUAAAUGUUAAUGGGUCUAACGUUGAAGCCUUGUUAUUCAGCAUGUUGGUCCUUAAGCUUAAAAAGUAUUUUACUAUCUCUUUCCCAUGGACAGUUUCUCCCGAAGGAUCUUGCCAGUAUCAUGUGUGGCAUGCGCAUGGACUUGAUUCAGAAAAAGUUUGUUGGUAUAGUUUUUGUAAACUUUGUUGAAUGUGGAUUUUUUCUCUUUUAUGUGUCAGCAUCUUCAUGAAACAAAAAAGGAAGGCUGCAUUGUACCUAUUCAGAAAAAAAAACAACUGUACAUAACCUCUCUGUGUAACGGAAAUGAAUCUAUCAGUUUUCAGAAGCUCGGAAAUUAACCCACUGGUCCUUUUAUUCUCACCACGUAGCUUUAGUUGCCCACUGUUUCCAUUCAUGCCCUCUUGUGUGUUUUUAUUUUCCUUGAGCGGUGAAUGGGCACAUCGAUUCUCUUUGGCAACACCGAGGUUUUCCCAUGCCUUAGUCCGCAAGUUGCUCUAAUGUGAAACAAAUCUCUAUACAAUAGGCUUGCUGCCAUUGUCUGUACAGUUUAAUAGAUACUGGCAUGUUGGAGGUUACCCAUGAGUCUGCGAAAUCUGCUUUCCAUGCUUACUCUUGACCCCCUUAUUGAAGCCACUCAUUUUAUGUGCAUCUGGAUAUGGAAGUCCGGCUCAGUGUGGUCUUGUGCUCGUACUGCCCUGCUUUAGCAGUUACUCUGCACUUAUUAACGAGUGCCGUUUUGACCUGCUUUACAAUAUAUGAGUAAAAAAAAAAAAAAAAAAAAGAAA